UUGCGAUGGCUACAAUGGAGCCCCUGGCCAUCAUUGGCAUGGCAUGCCAGUUCCCCCAGGAGGGGGACAACAAUGAGAAUUUCUGGAAGAUGCUUAUGACCGGAAAAUCAGCAAUGACUCCAGUCCCCAAAAACAGGUUCAACAUGGAAGGGCAUUUCCAUCCAGACGUUGAACACGGCGGCACUUUUCAUGUGAAAGGUGCCCAUUUCAUGGCUGCUGAUCCAGCUGAGUUCGAUAACCAGUUCUUCUCAAUACCCAAAUCCGAGGUCAUGUCCCUGGAUCCGCAGCAAAGACUGCUGAUGGAGAACGUCUAUCAUGCUUUAGAGAAUGCUGGCAUUCCUAUGGAUAAAGCAGUAGGAUCGAACACAUCAGUCUUCAGCAGCGGUUUCAACCAUGACUACCUUCAACUGCUGAACAGCGACCCGGAGAUUAAGCUCAAAUACAAGCCAAUGGGAACAAGUAACUCCAUUCUUUCCGGCCGUAUCAGCUGGUUCUUUGACUUCAAAGGCCCGAGUCUCACAGUGGACACCGCCUGCUCCAGUAGUAUGGUAGCCUUCCACCUGGGCGCCCAGAGCUUACGGGAUCACGAAUCCGACAUGACCGUCAUUUGCGGUGUAAAUGUUUUCACAUACCCCACAGACUGGUUUGGCAUGGACCACCACGGGUUCUUUGCUGGAGAUGGAAAGUCUUACAGCUUUGACCAUCGUGCUAGUGGAUACUCUCGAGGAGAAGGCGUUGCUACAGUCCUUGUCAAGCGAUUGUCUACCGCUCUUCGAGAUGGUGACACAAUUCGGGCUGUCGUGCGAGCAACCGGCCUCAAUCAGGAUGGACGAACACCUGGUAUCACACUGCCCAGUGCAGCUGCUCAGGAGCAGAUGAUCCGUGAAGUGUACAAGAGGGGAGGAUUGGAUAUAGCACAGACGGCUUAUAUCGAAGCUCAUGCUACCGGGACUGCUGCCGGGGAUCCGAUUGAGGCGCGAGCAAUCGCCAACUCUUUCAACACUGCCAACCGAGGAUCACCAUUGAUUGUAGGAGCUGUCAAGUCGGCGAUUGGACAUACAGAAGGAGCCUCGGGUCUCGCCGGUAUCAUCAAGUCCGUGAUGGUAUUGGAGUCUGCUAUGAUUCCACCCAACACAAACUUUGAGAAGGUGAACCCUAAAAUUCCCAUUGACAAGUGGCGACUCCAGCUGCCCCUCCGGCCAACACCAUGGCCCUCACCUGGCCUUAGACAGGUUUCCAUCAACUCUUUCGGCUUUUCCGGUACCAACGGCCAUGUCGUUCUGCAAGACGCCCGGUACUACCUUGAAGAGCACAAUCUGCUUGGCUUCCACAAAACUGUGCCCUACCCAGCUCAUGCCAAUGGAAGCAUAACGAACGGCACCGGCCAUGUGAACGGCCACAGCGCCAAUGGCCAUGGAACAGCCAAUGGUACGGUCAACGAUCCUACUGGCGAGAAUGGAGAUUCUACCGCAGACCGCACUCCCCUUAUCUUCCCGGUUUCGUCGUUCGACGAGCAGGGGGUGCAAAGGAACGCCAAUUCGCUCGCCACUUACCUGAAUGACCUGCUGCUUUCCGACACCUCGAGCAAGACGAGAAAAUACUUUCAGGACCUUGCGUACACACUUGCAGCAAAGCGAACAGCUUUUCAAUGGCGGUCAUUUUGCCUAGCCAAUAGCGUAGCUGAUCUCGCUAAGACGUUGACAGCAGAUUCCUCCCUUGCGAAGCCAGUAAGGACGAGAGCAACUCCCAACAUUGCCUUUGUCUUUACUGGCCAAGGGGCACAGUGGUAUGCAAUGGGGCGGGAGCUACUGGCUUUCUCCACCUUCAAGGAGAGUAUCGAAAGCGCUUCACAGUAUAUGCAGGAGCUGGGGAGCUCAUGGUCUCUUUACGACGAGCUCCAAAGAGAUCAACAAAGUUCUCAGAUUGACAAGCCAUACUUGGCUCACCCCUCUUGCACCGCCAUCCAAGUUGCUCUUGUCGAUUUACUGUCCUCCUGGAAUCUGCGCCCGACGCGUGUGGUAGGCCACUCGUCUGGUGAAAUCGCAGCUGCCUAUUGCGCAGGCAAGAUUAGCAGGCAAUCGGCGUGGAAGGUGGCCUACUUCCGAGGUCACGUCUCCAGUAAAGUUACAACCAACGGCUCAAUGCUUGCAGUUGGCUUGACGACGUCGGAAUUGCGGGAGUACCUCGAUAAAGUGGACGCCAAGUUGCCAGGCGAACUGACACUGGCGUGCUACAACAGCCCCAAGAACCACACCAUAUCCGGAGACACUGCCAAGAUUGACGAGUUGAAACGGAUCCUUGAUGAGAAAGACAUCUUCGCCCGAAAACUCAAAGUCAAGACGGCAUAUCAUUCAUCACAUAUGAGGGCCGUUGCAUAUGAGUAUUUGAGUCUGCUGGGCGACAUGGAACCCUCAGACGCCGACAUGUCGGUGGAUAUGUACUCCAGCGUCACAGGGGCUCGGGUUGAGGAUGCCAUCACGUCUCAGUAUUGGGUCGACAACCUAGUGUCGCCUGUGAGAUUUACUGACGCUCUUCUCAAGAUGACUUUGGAGAGCCCCAAGAGCUCGCUGCGGGUGAACUCUAGUAACAGUGUGAUUCAAGAGAUUGUCGAAGUUGGCCCUCACUCAGCACUCCGAAGCGCCAUCAAAGAGACUUUGACAAGCCACUUCAGCGAGAACCUGGGCAUUGGAUAUCAUGCAGUGUUGGAUCGUAACACUCCGGGUGUCGAGACUCUUCUGAAGACCGUCGGCAACUUGUUUUCGCGCGGAAGUGUCGUCGACCUCGCUCUUGUGAACCAGGGAGCACUGCGGAGUCCCAGCGACGGACAACCCUCCAUGAUCGCGAACUUGCCACCUUAUGCGUUCAACCAUAGCCAGACCACUUGGUAUGAAAGCCGCUUGAGCCGCAAUUACCGCUUCCGCAAGUACCCGCGCCAUGAUCUGUUUGGAGCUCCGGUACCUGAUUGGAAUCCCGAAGAGCCCGUUUGGCGCAAUUUCAUUCGAAUCUCUGAGCAGCCUUGGCUAAGAGAUCACGUCGUCACUAGCAGUAUUGUGUACCCAGGAGUAGGAUACAUUAUCAUGGCUAUCGAGGCCUCCAGGCAAAUUGCUUCACCAGACUUGAAACUCCUCGGGUUCCACCUCAAGGACAUCUCCAUCAAAAGUGCUCUCAUCGUUCCCGACAACAAAGAAGGCAUUGAAGUCAAGUUCUCCAUGGUCGGCAUGGAUGAGUCCAGUCUUGAAAAGUCCAAAGUCUGGAGAAAAUGGACCGUGACCAGCUACAACACGGUGGCAGACAACUGGGUAGAACACUGCACAGGUUACAUCCAGACCCAGUAUGAUGUCUCUCCUGGCCCCAUCGACGAAGGCCUCGAGGAGGCAUCAGAGGUACUCGCGUCGAAAAAGCUGCUACAGGACAGCGUCCACCGCUGCACCACGCCUACAAGCAUCAAUUAUGACAACCUGGAUACUGUGGGUUUGCAUUUCGGACCUCUGUUCCAGAACCUGUCAGAUGUCGUGGUAAACAAGGGACAAGGUGAAGUGUCAUCACUCAUCACAGUACCGGAUGUUGCCAAGGUCAUGCCCAAGAACUUUCUCCAUCCUCACAUGAUUCAUCCUUCGACUUUGGAUAGCAUGAUGCAUCUCUUUAUUGCUGGUGUACUCGAUAUCACGGACAAAAAGACAUUGGAGUCUCCUAUGGUGCCCACCUUUAUCAAAGAUGUUCGCAUCUCUGCGAACAUUGAGAACACUGCUGGGCACCGAUUUCGAGGAUUCGGAGUCUCGAAGCUGACGGGAUUCCAAAAAUUUCACAGCGACAUUACCAUCUGGGAUGAGAAAACGAACACUGAGAGAAUUGCUGUCAGAGGAUGGUCGGGAAAAUCCCUGGGAUCAGAAGUGUCGUCCAUCGAGGCGAAGAAGCUUUGCCACAUUGUGGAGUGGAUGCCAGACCUCAACCUCGUCAAGCAACCCAAACUCAAGGCGAAGCUUGCUUCCGACCAGGAGAACGAAGAGUAUCGACAGAAUGUCAGACGGCUACAAUUAGCCUCGGUACUUUUUGUCAUGCUUGCCUUAGAAGACCUGAAGGAUUAUCCUGUCGACAAGCUGGAAGGCCACUUCAAGAACUACUAUGCAUGGUGUAUCAAGGUUCGAGAUGAUCUACACAAAGGAUUGCUGCCUCAUCUAGACAUUGACGAAUGGAAACGUUAUAUGGAUAGUGAGUCGCUGAGAGAGGCUCUCUUCAGUCAGAUCGAGGAGUAUAAUGCAGAUGGUCGGCUGCUUGUUCGAACGGGCAAGGCUUUAGCGGCUGUCAUGAGGAAGGAGAUCGACCCUCUGCAGCUGAUGUUCGGUCAAGAUAACAUCCUCGAUGAGCUGUACAGAAACAUGGUGGAGUCUGGAAAUCUGCCUGCCCUCUUGAAGGCUUAUCUGGAAAUUGUCCACCACAACAAUGUCAACCUCAACAUUAUGGAAAUUGGUGCCGGAACGGGAUCACUCUCCGCCCCCGUCUUGGAGGCACUAGGCCCAUCAGCCGCCGACGAAGAAAGACUCUUAAACGACUCAGCUAUCGCCAAAUAUACUUAUACUGAUGUGUCGUCAGCGUUCUUCGAGAAGGCCAAGGACAAGUUCAAGAGAUGGAGAAAUGUGCUCGAAUUCAAGACCUUCAACAUCGAGAAUGAAGCUUUAGAUCAAGGCUUUGAGCAAGGCACAUAUGACUUCAUCUUUGCUGGAAACGUCAUCCAUGCCACUGCGGACCUUGAGAAAGUACUGGCCAACCUUCGGUCACUGUUGAAGCCAGGUGGCAAGCUGGUGAUGCACGAGGGUAUUCGGCAAGCUACAAUACUAAUCUCUGGACUAGAUCUUCUCUGGCUUCCACUGUCAUUUGGCCAGCUCAAGGGUUGGUGGCUGAGUGUUGAGGCAAACCGGAAGUUUUGCCCAUCAAUCUCUGAGCGAGAGUGGGAUGUCAUGCUCCGUCAAGCCGGGUUCACCGGAAUCACAACGGUUCUAACCGAUCGUGAAGUCGCUGAUAUUCGUGGACAGAGUAUCAUGGUUGCUGAAAACAACGAAGUCAUUGGCGCGCAAGACGCUAACAGAAGGGUACACAUCAUCUCCUCGGCGGCAACACAGAGCCUGGCAACUGCUCUGCACUCCAGAAUCACGAACGAUUUCGGAUACAAGAACUGCUCGAUUGUUGGACUUUCUGAUUUGUCAGACAGGGAGCUGAUCUAUGACACUUGCAUCUCUCUCAUUGAUUUGGAGCGACCUCUUCUGGCCGACUUCACGGAACAACAAUACAACGAUCUUAAUCAUCUCAUCGCGACUAGCGACGGAGUGCUCUGGCUCUCGGGAGACUUCCAGAAAGACCCAGCACAGUACAUGAUCACUGGUGUCAUUAGAACCGUUCGAUGGGAGCGGGAUCUAGAUGCUCCCAACCUGAUCACUAUGUCGGUCGCAGAGCCCCGACCCGAUGAUGACAUUUUCAUCGAAUCCAUCCUAUCCGUGUUCAAGCAUCAAUUCGUGAACGACAUUGACGACGGGAGCAAAAACGCCGAAUAUUACCUGAAGGAUUAUGAGUUAUUGACCAACCGUCUGAUCGACGCUCAGAACGUCAACGGCUUUGUCCACUCAAACUUCGCCGAGGCUGACCCCAAGCAAAUACCACUUGGCGAGGCGGGUCGACCAAUUAUGCUUGAUACGUCCUCUCCGGGUUCACUAAGCGCUCUUCACUUCGCCACAGACCCGGUUUGGGCCCGUCCUAUGGGUGAAAACGAAGUGGAAGUGGAAGUCCGAGCUGUCGGCCUCAAUUUCCGAGAUGUGCUGAUUGCCAUGGGUGAACACGUCGCGGCCUGUCUUGGUAACGAAGCGGCAGGUUACGUCUCCCGGAUUGGCUCCAAGGUCACCAACGUCCGGGUCGGUGAUAGAGUCGUUUACAUGAACGGACUUGUUGAUGGCGGAUGUCUCAAGACCUAUGGACGGCAGAGCGCGGAUGCCGUUGUCAAGCUUCCAGAUUCCGUGAGCUUCGAAGAUGCUGCCAGUCUUCCCUGCGUGUAUUCUACAGUCAUCCACGGACUGUACGAUAUUGCGCGCCUGUCCGAGGGAGAGACAGUUCUCAUCCAUGCCGCGGCCGGAGGUGUUGGUCAAGCAGCCAUCCAGCUGGCAAAUCUUGUUGGAGCAGAAAUCUUUGCUACCGUGUCUACUCCUGAGAAGCGAGACCUGCUCAUCAACGAGUACGGCGUGAAAAAGGACCACAUCUUCUCCAGUCGGGAUUUGUCCUUCGUCAAGGGCAUCAAGCGCAUGACAAACGAUCGCGGCAUCGACGUUGUGCUGAACUCGCUCUCAGGAGAUGCGCUGCGUGCUUCAUGGGAUGUUCUCGCUCCGUUUGGCCGAUUCAUUGAGAUCGGUAAGAAGGACGCUCAGGCAAACGGAAGAAUCGACCUCAGCCCUCUUCUGCGCCAAACAGUCAUGGCCAGCGUUGACCUGACGACCAUCAUGCAUUACAAGCCCAAGAAGCUCGGGCAGCUCAUUGCUGAGACUGUUCGACUGUUCGCCGAGGGCAAGGUUAAGCUGGCGAAGCCUACCAGGGUCUUAAACUAUACACAGAUUGAAGAAGCAUUCCGCUCUUUGCAAUCCGGCAAGAGCAUGGGAAAGACUGUGUUCAAGCCGGAACCAACUGACAUCGUCCCGAUUAUGCCUGAAAGAUCUUCCCCAUUGCAGUUUGAUCAGAACGCCUCAUACGUCCUUGCCGGAGGUCUUGGAGGUUUGGGACGAAGUAUCGCACGAUGGAUGGUCUCACGAGGAGCGAAGCAUCUAAUCUUCAUCUCUCGAUCCGGAGCAGCAAGCGAAUCUGCCCAGGAACUAGUCCAGGAGCUGGAAGCUGCUGGUUGCAAGGUCUAUGUUUUUGCUUGCGACGUAAGCGACGAGGCUGCGCUAUCAAAGACUAUCGACGAUUGCAAGGCAAGGCUUCCGGAGAUUAAGGGCUGUGUUCAGGGCUCAAUGGUUCUCAGGGAUUCGAUGUUUGAGAACAUGUCCUACGAGAACUUCCAAGCCGCGUUGAGGCCCAAGUUCCAAGGCUCAUGGAACCUUCACAAGCUUCUGCCGACAAGCAUGGACUUUUUCCUUCUUCUCUCAUCUGCAACGGGUGUUCUGGGCAACCGCAGUCAAGCAAACUAUGCGGCUGGCAACACUUACCAAGACGCAUUGGCAACUCACAGACGCUGCCUGGGCCUUCCAGCAACCAGUAUUGACUUGGGCAGCAUCCUCUCAGUCGGCUACGUCGCUGAGAACAAAACUCGCCUCAAGACCAUCCCCACCAUUUCUUCGGUUCUGGAAUCUAUCCGUGAAGACGAGAUCCACUUGAUCAUCGAGUAUCAUCUCGAUAGGCGAUACCCAGGACCAAGCCAGACUGUUUCCGGACUGCCAAAUGUUGCAAUGUACAAGCAGCGCCGUAUGCCCGUGCCGAGCUACCUCUAUCUUCCCAUGUUCCGUCAUCUCCAGAGCGAAACGAGCACUGCCACUGAAGCUGUCGAGGAUGACCCUCUACUGCUGAUACCGGUCCAAUUGGCGGCAGCAACGAAGAUUGAAGAAGCAGUGGCCGUCGUUUCGAACGGAAUUCGACUCAAGCUUUCUAAGCUCCUAUCAAUGGCCGCUGAUGACAUUGAUCCCGGCAAGUCGAUUAGCUCCAACGGCGUGGACUCCUUGGUCGCUACAGAGUUCAGAACUUGGCUAGGAAAGACAUUGAAGGCUGAUCUGCCCAUGCUGGAUAUCAUGGGAACCAGCAGUAUUCUCACAUUUAGUGAGAAGGUUGUGAGCCUUAGUAAGUUGGUUCAGAUUACGGCUAGUAGCUAG